CGAGCUGCCCCACCGAAUCCUCCGCACUUGAGCGGGCCCGUCCACACAGCAACAUGAGUCCUAUGAAGCUCUAGCCCCGCGAUCCCGUCCCAGAAGGAGGCGGAGACAGAACCCAUAUAGCUAUCAUAUCCCUGGGCAUGGAAAUCAGCGGGUCUGCCGCUAGCAUGCCUGGCCACUCUCAGACCGGCGAGGGGCCUUCUCCAGCAGGGAGCAGCAGCGGAUCAGAGGACAGAUCCAAGCUUGGGGUGGGCGAGUCGGUAGCCCGACGUCUUCACACACAACGCUCAGGUGGGCGGCUGCGAAUGGACUUUCUGAAGCCUAGGAAGGGCUUCGCGUCAGGAAGCGGAGACACGGUUGCGGCAGCGAGGCCAAGCUCCACUGGCUACUCGGGACUCCCCUUCUCACCCACACACGCAUCGCCAACGUCGGCUGCGUACCCAUCCAACAUGAUGGCGCCUAUGUCUUUCACCGGUGCGAUGCUUUCUGCAGGCUCAAGCUUGCCCAACGCGGAGAGUGACGCGACAUCAACGACAGUCGCUUUCGAUCAUGGCGAUCGACCCGGCAUGUACACGGAAAGUAGCCUUUCGGCGUCCAGCACAUCUGUGCUAGGGUCGAGCCCUCGCCCUUCCUUGCCAGCAAUCCACACGACAUUUGCGCGGUCAUCCGCCGGCUCAUCGCAGGACCUCCGCCUUUCCAACGAGCCUCGGCGUGACUCGGAGGGUAGCUCUGUUGCUCCAUCCGCCACCCUGGAUCAAGAAGCCUCGUCUGCUCCACCGCAAACGCAGAAUGACCAGCCUGCUGACGAAGGCUUUCCGACUUCAACAACUGGUCCACAUUCAAGUCAUCACGCAGCUCAUCUCUGGCAGCUCAAGAAUGGUUUGCACUCCGCCAUAUCUCCAUUGUCAUCCUCCGCCUCGCACACGACCUACCUCCCUUCGGCCAUCAGUGAUCCGCAUGGAUUACACUCGCUGCACGUAGCACCAAGGGUUCCUUUUGCGGAGAGGGCGUACGCCAACAGCUUCGCCCACAGUGCCAUCAGUGAUGAAUCCGUGGAGGACGUGUCUGUGGAGGUCUUGCACCCGAGUGUGCCUCCGACCCCUGCAGGAGACGUAACUUGGGGCUCAACUCAGGGAGGGCUCACCGCGCUCGCCAAAUCAGAAGACGCCGCGAGAAGAGCAGGUCUGAUGGGCGCAGCGGUACGUGAUGGUAACAUUGCCAGCAAUGAGCACGGUCGUGGAAUCUUUGGAUACGCACAACCUCUGCAUGGACGCACUCGAUCCAGGGUGACGAGCACUUCAGUACGAUCCAGCAUCAUACCGCACGAGUUGUUGUGGCUGCGCUUGCAAUCAUGCUACGGCCGAGGGGCCUUCCCAUCUCCCUCAAAACCGGACAGCACCCGUAGUCGUCAUGCGAACGCACCAAUUCCGCAUGAGCAAAUGGCACCAGAUGCAACCGCUAUCGAUGCGCGCGGAUCAUUUGCGACCGAUAGCGGAACAGUUCGAGAGUUGUCGACGGCUGGCAGGACCACAUUUUCCCGCCUCGAUCGCGCAGCAGACGGCCCCUCUCGUCGGGCUCUGGUCUCCUGGGACUCGACGGGGUUAGCCUCACAAGAGGACGCAGAUUUGGCAAUAAGGCAGUCCGAACGGGAUGCGGUGUUCAACGCGAGCCCUGAUCCUGCUGACGCUUUGGGACCGCGGCGACAAGUCGCAAGUCGCACAGAGCUCAGCAACGCCGGGCAAGAUGGCAGCUGGCCGGUUGCCGUUGCUCACAGUUUGCCGGUCCGAUUGCAGCACGCGCCCGGAGUUCCGCGCACUGCCACCGCUCCGCCGAGCCCGCCUGUGCAGCACGCAUUCGAAACCAAAGACGCCGGCGUGACAGGGGAAAAAGAGAAAGACCGUUACGAAGUUCUUUCGCAGACGGUUGAGGCAUCAAGCUUGGACUUCAGUCGAGAACAGCGCGCAGACAGGGAUGAACAUCUUGCAUCGAUGCCUAGCUUCGUCAAGGGUGAGAGGAUGACUGAAUCCUCCGCGGCGAGCUCGCCUCGCAGCGACCUCGCGGCUGCAGCAGCAGAAGGCGCAAUGCAAGCACGCGCUCAUGCUGCUGCACCGCCGCCGCCGCCGCCCCGGCAUGCAGGUCAGGGCUUCCGGCAGGGUGCCCUCGACGCACCCUCACGCGAGCGCGCGUCCCGUCAGGCUGCUGGUGCCCCGAUGCCUUCAGAGCUGGAAGAGCAGAUGGAGCGAUCAGACCUUACUGAACAUGCGCAUAGCGCAAAGACCGCAGAAACUACGCUGUCGCAUGGCAACCCGAGCCUGGGACGUCGGUUGCAAGUGAGGAAGCUGUCUGCACCGCAGGACUUGUCCCUGCUAUCCAAUUCUGCAGUCAUAGCUGCGCGCGCGCCCGACAUGCGCGGCGAAACCCAAGCCACGCAGCAGCACAGCACCUGCGAUCUUGGCGCAGACGCGGCGCUACAACACGGGACGCCGAGCACCGCAUGGAGUCGCGACGUUCUAGACUCCGCUCCCUCCAGCUCGCGACCUCGAGGUGAUCAAUAUGAUCGUCAAUCUAUCUCCGCGAGCUCGCCCCCAGCAUUUGUCUCAACUUCGACGGCACCCCCAUCAUUGUAUCAUUCACAGCAUCUUGAUCUCGCUUCUUCGGACACCGCAUCGCACGCAGCCUCACAUCCCUCUUUCGCUUCCACAUCAUCGUUUGAAUCUCGACCAAGCACCGAUCAGCGACUUACAGAGAGCGAGGUGCUGACUUCGCUGACCCAACCUAGAAGCUUGUUCGACAAGGUCAGCUUCGAUCCUUGUUCUCGCCGCCCGCUUCUCCUGUUGGACGCUAGAUCCUUGCAAGCCUACAGCGCCAGCCGGUUGAAGGGCUCGUUUCACCUGGAUCUGAAGAAUCGUCCCUUCCCGCGAGCUGUAGGGAAGGGUGCUGCUGCCUUCAUCGCGAGCAUCUUGCCUGACAUGGCAAAGCGGCGCUUUGCAGAGACUUCCUUCGAGCUGGACGAUACCCUACCUGGCCCAUCGUCCCGACCAUGGCCGUCCAAUUCAGAACAGGAACAGCGCUUCUGGAGUGCUACGGACGUGGUUCUGAUUACCGACGACGCCGAGGACCUGGCUAGCAAUCCAGGACCUGACCCCACACUAUCUGGUCGUUCCGCCGACUGCAGGCAUCUUUUCGUCGGCAUUGGACUUCUCUGCUAACACAGGUCAAAGGUCUCCCGCACCAACACCGAGUCUGAUGCGGCCGGCAGGCCCGCCGCGUCGACCCAUGCUCGCGCGACUUGACACGUCGGAGCGUGUCAAGACGCUGCAAGCUGCUGCACCGCAAAGACG